CGGUGAACUGACUGGGGGAGGCUGAACCUGAAUUCUGUGCUGAGAUGAGCUUCCUUUUUUUUUUUGUUUCUUUUUUUUGACCAUAUAAGAUGAUAUUUUCAUUAAUGUAGAGAGCCAGGACAUACAAGGCCCCGUGGAUGGAAUUCGUUAUUCUCUGUAACGAGUUGUGUACAAAGUUGAACCCACGUGAACGAUUUUAAAUGGAGCAUCUUGGUAAACGUGUUUGAAAUCAAGCACGACGCAGGCACCCUAUGUCUUCCGAUUUAGAUGAGUGCCGGGAACACCUGCUAGUGGUAGAUGUGAAUGGUCAGACUCAGAUUGACGAGCCUCCCAAAUUUCGGAUUCGAAAUCUCACCAAAGUCUCCGAUGCCGGAGUUCCGAUUCUCAAGGGCGUUGACUUGGACGUUCCCAAGGGCGUGAUACUCGGCGUCGUUGGACCCAGUGGUAGCGGCAAAUCGACGCUUCUCAGGGCCUUCAACCGUCUCUGGGAGCCUCCCUCCGGCACCGUCUUCCUCGAUAAUAACGAUAUCUGCGAUCUCGAUGUUCUGUCCCUCCGCCGUAAUGUCGGCAUGCUCUUUCAGCUCCCUGCCCUCUUCGAAGGCACAGUGGCAGACAAUGUGAGGUAUGGACCACAACUAAGAGGGAAAAAGCUAACUGAUGAAGAAGUACGCAGGUUGCUGAUAACAGCAGACCUUGAUGCUUCUUUGAUGAGCAGGAAGGGCUCUGAACUCUCUGUGGGUCAAGCUCAACGAGUUGCACUUGCCAGGGCUUUAGCUAAUUCCCCUGAGGUUUUACUGCUGGAUGAGCCAACCAGUGCACUAGAUCCAAUAUCAACAGAGAACAUAGAAGGUGCCCUAAUGAAGCUGAACAAGAACAGUGGUAUGACAGUGAUAAUUGUCUCUCACAGCAUCAAACAGAUACAGAGGAUAGCUGACUUGGUGUGCCUAGUUGUUGAUGGUCAAAUAGUUGAAGUUUUAAAGCCUGAUCUACUGUCACAAGCCACGCAUCCCAUGGCCCAAAGGUUUCUUCAACUUAGUUCUUAGGUAUGGAAUAAUAUGUGAAAUGCUCUGUUAUGAAUUUAUGAGCUCGUGUUCGCUGUU